AUGGCUGAGGCUCCAAGAUCAGCAAUUGGCAAAUGGGACUUCAUGAACCUGAAAGCCUUCUCUACCAAACUGUCUUCCAAAUGUCUUCCUUCAUCAGAAGCUCACUGCUUCAGCAAGAAGAUAGGUGAUUCCGAGCCUACCUCCCCAGAUUGCUUGGAAACGGGGAAAAAAUUGUUUGUGCAUCACAUGAAUGCCCAGUGCCUACAGAUGCCAGAAGAGGGCGAUGGAUCCCUCAGAACUGGAGCUGUGCAUUGUUACUUGCCUCUUACUCGGACCCUACAAUAACCUGCCCCGCGGGCCGGGGCACUUUACUGCUGCUAUGGAGUGAUCACGGUCCUCAUUGUAGCUGUAGCUGCUCUUUCUGUUGCUUUGUCAGUAAGACCUACAGAGGAGAUCUCAAUCAAUAAGACCAAUGCUGCUUGCCCGAGCAACUGGAUUAGAUUUGGAAGUAAAUGUUUUUACUUUUCUGAAUAUUCAAGUAACUGGACAUUCAGCCAGGCCUUCUGCAUGGCACAAGGGGCCCAACUAGCUCGAAUUGACAACCAGGAGGAGCUGAAUGUCCUAAUGAGAUACAGAGGGUCUUCUGGCCACUGGAUCGGCCUGUACAGAGAGUCGUCAGAGCACCCUUGGAGGUGGACAGAUAACACUGAGUAUAACAACUGGGUUUCCAUCCAAGGAGAUGAAAAACAUGGCUUCCUGAGUGACAAUGGGAUCAGCAGUAGCAGAGACUACAUAAAUAGGAAGUGGAUUUGUAGCAAGUCCAUCAGCUGCACCUUACAGUGA